AUGGACGUUGGAGACACGCAUUCAAUACGAAUUCGUCAUGAAAAUGGGCACUGGCUGCUAGGCAACAGUGUUUCUUGUUACAUAGAUGACACUUUAGAGGGUGCCAUCUCCCUCCCCCAAUCAAACUGGUCUCGUUUAGAUCACAGACAUAGUCAGCCGUGCUAUCCCAACCAAUCAGAUUCCGGCAUUUGUAGCGAGACUACAUCCGCGAUUGAACCAAUGAGUCAUAUCAAAGAUCAACACACUGCACUGACUCUUGAUGACGCAUUGACACUUGCUCAUAACGCACUUGAAGAUUCCGUGUGUUUAGACAUCGCACAUCUACACGCUUUGUAUCCCGAUAAUUUACACAAUUGCAACGAAAUCCAAACUCCCAAAGGCAAAUCUGACUCACUAUGUUCAUUGGAAAUUGCAAGCAUACACCCCAAUCUUAAUUUACAGCCAUGCGUGGAUGACCUUCCGGAAUCAGCGACGCAUGAUCUAAACAAUGGCUUGCAAGCCGACCAACAGCAUCCGUUGCAAGCCGACCUACCACACCCAUACGUGAAACGGAACAGCUCCAGUGAUCGCCACCACUAUUCAAACAUCUACCAUCUUGUCACCAGUAAGUUCCAUCCGUUAUCGAAGAAGCAGAAGCAUGAACAGAAAGAGGAUGAAUGUGCCAAAGAAGAUCCAGAUAGAUCAAAACCUCCCAGAGAAACCUUCUGCACCAAAUACACGUCAUGUCGCUGGGUGCUGGCCUACAUGUGCUUCCUGGCGCGCUUUGUGCAGACGGCACUGAGGCAGUGUAUGGGCAUAGCCGUGGUGGGCAUGACGUUAAAGACGACAGCCCAGGUUGCUGUCCAUAAUUUAACCCAAGACACAUUUGUGGCCAACGAUGUCGGGAAUUCUUCAUCGGAAAUCAACCGGACCAUAACGGUAAGAAAAUAGCUGUCAUAAUAGAACAGCUGUCAUAACACCAUGGCUGUCAUAAUACCAUUGCUUUCAUGAUACCAUGGCAGUCAAAAGUGCAGAGCUGCAAUAGUUGCUUAAUUUAAUUAAAAUUUGUAAGCCGAAUGUCAGUUUCCUGGCCCACCCCAUCACAGUUUCCUGGCCACCCAUCACAGUUUCCUUGCCCACCCACCUAUCACAGUUUCCUGAUCCCCCAUCACUGUAAUAUUCUUGUAUCGAUGCAUGACAAACAUUGACCUAGAGGUCACAAAGGUCAGCUAGUGAGCCCACGUGAAUGCAUGAUCUAAUUCCGUUAAUCCCAAGUCUACCACGUUAAUCUCCCCAUCUGAUCACGUGAUGCACAGACUCAGUUGACAGAUGUUAAUCCCCAGUGACAGCUCCACACUUGUCCGCGGCGUCACGAGCUUGUUGUGGCCCACAUCUUUCACUGAAGUCAGACCGCCGACUUGUGAGACAGGUUUGUUCUCAAGACGUAACUAAAGACCUUGGUGUUGUGAUUAGCUACGGUUGUACAGUGGACAACAUACCAGUUGUACAACGACAUGGUGGUAAAGCACCUGUUAGAUUUUACAUAUGGGGUUCAAAUACCUGUUGGAUAAUGAUAACUCAAACUUAUGUAAAUUUCUAAUAUUUUGAUAGAUCUGCACAUAGAAAUAACAGAACAGAAUAAAUCUGAUCUAUAACAUAUUGAAAAAUCACAAUUAAGUUUGUCUCCAUUACUUUCAAUCAAUCCAUGUAUCCAUAAUUUCACCUAAUCCAUGUAUACAUAGCUUCACAUAAUCUAUGUAUUCAUUACUUUCCAUUAAUCCAUAUAUCCAUAACUUCAUCUAAUCUAUGUAUCCAUAACUUCAUCUUAUCUAUAUAUUCAUAAGUUCAUCUACUAUGUUUCCAUACAGUCUACUAACGGAAGUCUUGCAAUUCACAUAAUAUAUAUUUUGUGAUUUUCAUUGAACUAUUUCUCCACAUUUCCAUUUAAAGCUUUAUCUCAAGGGUUCUUAAACGGUGUGGGAAGAACCAGAAAUUCAGGUUUAUUUCCAUUUUUUUAUUAGCAUGAUUUUAUCCUGGGAGGGGGCGCGGAAAACACCUUUUGAAAUCAAGAUGGGCAGGGGCGGACAUGGAGAUGAGUUUCGAGAAAGGUACUGAAACGAAGAGGAUGUGCAGCGCCGCGGGAGAGUUAAGUGCCCCUGCUGUAUGUGUCUAAAGGAUGUCCACAAACGUGGGCGCCCGCAGAAAACUUUCUACGAGGGGGCAAAAAAUCGAUUAACUUUCCGGGGGGGGGUAGUUUUUGGUAAUGUUUUAAUGUAGUUUUAAUUUACUGUAGCGUAUUUGUAUGGUGAACGAACGGACAGGACAUCAGCUUAGUUGCUUUCUCUUUAUUUUCUCUUUACUUUAAUACAUUUUUUGUCUAUUUUUGUCUAAAAAAUUGUAUGCAAUCAAUCCGGGGGGGGGGGCAAGUGCCCCCUUCCCCCCCCCUGCGGGCGCCCAUGUUCAAAGACUGGUUUGUCUGUGGUUUGUCUGUUUCUCAGACCUGAUUUUAAUAUUUCCCCUUCACAUAUACCGUACCUGACAUUCCAGUGAUGUUGCCACUUGUCUCUGACGGCAGUGCGUAGGAACCAUCAGGCCAGGGGUUACAUUACCGGGCGUGCCGUGUUCUGGUCAAACUUCCGUAACUUUGUCUGCCCACAAACACUUCCCAUGUCCUUCAGUGUCACGUGUCGGGCCCACGUGAUGCCUGUUCACGUCAACACACAGGUUUUCUUAUGUUAAGCAGCCGUGGGCGAACCAACACAACAUUGGGUUUGGGCAGGAAAGGUUGUCUGGUUGCUAUAUUAAAUUAAUUAUGUCAUAUAUCAUAUUUAGGCCUCAUAGAUCUGUCAUUGGUACCAUGGCAUGGUAUAUGCCUUAAGCCAGUGGUCGCCAAACUGACAAGUUAAAAGAGCCAACAAUCAGCAGCAGGACGAUUAAACCAUUUUUUGAGAGCCAAAUCUCUUUUCAGGAAUCAGUCAAGAAUCUUGUUUUUCGGAGUCGAAAUCGCGUUGUGGCCGACUGGCCGAGCCGCACUCAGGUCGCUAAAUAGCCGCAUGCUAGCAUCACUCACCAAUGGUUAAGCAUUAGCAUUGAUACUUGAUGUUUAAGUCAGCUUCUUGUGUGUUGUCUUACAAUAGCAUACAAUCGUUUUAAUGGUAUGGUAUCAAUAUACGACACGUUUUUUACCUACUUUUGGACAAUUUGACAGCGAAAUAACUUGGUAAAACUACAUUUAAUAUGAAUGGGUGAGAACAUGACUGUCAUUGGCGGGCUGACGAUGCUGACGUUAUAGCUGCUUCGGUUUUCCUAAAUCAAAAUCUUGUGUAGACCACGUGGUGCAUCAGCAGAUCUUACUUCUACGCAUAAAGUCUCAAGUUUAACGGCACAUCGAGCUUAUUCGUUAUAGAUACAUCAAGUGUAUAAAUCUUACAGAAACAUCUGGUCAAUGUCUUAUAUACAUAUCUGCUAUUUAUCUUAUAGAAGAAUCUAGUGUAUAUCAUAUAGAAUAUCUACACUAUAUAUUAUAUGAAUAUAUAUUCUAUAUAUUAUAGAAACAUCUCAAAGAAAACGUCUAGCCUUCACCUUAUAAACAUAUCUAGUAUAUAUCUUAUCAACAUAUCUAGUCUAUAUCCUAUCAACAUAUCUAGUUUAUAUCUUAUCAACAUAUCUCGUCUAUAUUUCAUUAACACUUUGAUGCACCUUCCAAUCAUUCCCUCCUCCAGCUGCAGGAGUUUGUUUGGAGUUCAGUGUUUGAGGGCGUUUUGCUGGCUUCUUUCAAUGUGGGAGCAAUCAUCACUCCAAUCAUCGUUGGUUACCUUACCACAAGGUACGCCUCUCAACAAUGUUUUACAACUAAAAUUUAAUAUAGCUUAAUAAUAGCAUGCACUUUUGUAAAACAAAGAAUGUAAUGUUGUUUAAAAAUAGCUUGAAUGUAAUAUGGUUUUAGUACAACUAGAAUGUAAUAUGGUUUUAGUACAACUAGAAUGUAAUAUGGUUUUAGUACAACUAGAAUGUAAUAUGGUUUUAGUGCACCUAGAAUGUAAUAUGGUUUUAGUACAACUAGAAUGUAAUAUGGUUUUAGUACAACUAGAAUGUAAUAUGGUUUUUAGUACAACUAGAAUGUCAUUUUGUGUCAAUGAUGAUACCAGGCUGAAGUAUUCACGGUGUAGUUGACCUAGACCUUGACCUUAGCGUCAGUUGGUCCAUUUUUAUUUUUAUUUUUUCACAAUCAUCCUUGAGGAUAUAAUCUGAAUAAAUUAACAUAAAUUAUAUACGUCACAGACAUGGAGGUCGAUCUCUGAUGACGUCAAGCCUGGUGUGUGCAGGUGUCUUUACUGGGUUGCUCCCCUUAGUGGCCCAACUCCAUCCGUCUCUCAUCAUUGUGUCCAGGAUAAUUACCGGCAUAGCACUGGUGAGUGAUGGUAGCACUGGUGAGUGAUGGUAGCACUGGUGAGUGAUGGUAGCACUAGUGAGUGAUGGUAGCAUUUGGUGAGUGAUGGUAGCAUUGGUGUGAGUGAUUGUGGCAUUGGUGAGAGUGAUUGUAGCAUUAGUGGAUCAUUUUGUUAACUUUUCUCUCAUAUAUUCAUUGGCUAUUUAAAAGAUGUUGAUCAUUGAUUUAGUCAAGAGUCAGUAUUAAUCUAGUGAAGAAUCAGUAUUGUUCAGUCAAGAGUCAGUAUUAAUCUAGUGAAGAAUCAGUAUUGUUCAGUUAAGAGUCAGUAUUGUUUAGUCAAGAGUCAGUAUUGUUUAGUCAAGAAUCAGUAUUGUUUAGUCAAGAAUCAGUAUUGUUUAGUCAAGAGUCAGUAUUGUUCAGUCAAGAGUCAGUAUUGUUCAGUCAAGAGUCAGUAUUGUUCAGUCAAGAGUCAGUAUUGUUCAGUUAAGAGUCAGUAUUGUUCAGUCAAGAGUCAGUAUUGUUCAGUCAAGUGUCAGUAUUGUUCAGUCAAGAGUCAGUAUUGUUCAGUCAAGAGUCAGUAUUGGUUAAGGAACUGAUAAACCUAAUAAAAUGGUUUUUUUUAAUCGCUUCUCAUUUUGUUAUUUAAAAUGUUACAGAGUGGCACUGACUCGCUUGUGCAAGCCAUGUGGGCAAAGUGGGCCCCCCGUUAUGAAAUGGCGUCAUUAGCUUCAUGCUCUUAUACAGGUGAGUGACGUCCUCGAGUCCAUUCCGACAUGGUAAAGUCCUAAUACCUAUUCCAAUUCAUCCAAUACUCCCUUAUUUACGAUUUUAUAAUUCUUUUACUUCUUUUUUUCGUAAUACUAAUAUUUUCAGAAAGUAAACUAUGUUUAUAUUCUAGACAGUGAUUCUUAACCUUCCUAGUGCCGCGACCCUGUUGUGGCGAUCCCUGAACACAAAAUUAUAAUGGUUACUACUUCAUAACUGUAGGGUAUAUGUGUUUUCGGAUGGUCUUAGGCGACCCUGUUUAAGGCUUGUGUGACCCCCAAAGGGGUCGCAACCACAGGUUGAGAACCGCUAUUCUAGCACACUGUUACCAGCAAACAUCUGACUAAAGUCUUUAUCUUAACAUUGAAUGGUAGCCAAACUCUAGAAUCCAACAUAUGCACAUGAUGUCAUGAUUGGAUUUGACAUUUUUUAAUUAAAGAAUAUAUUCCUCAAUAGAGAUUAGAGAUGUUAUGAAAGAUUAUUUUGACUCCAGCAAAGAAUAUACUGCUCCAAGGUUUGAAAUCACGAAUCAACAUAUAAACGCUUUGGUGAUACUAGAUAUGAUACUCGUUACCUGACACAUCAAAGUUAACACAUGUAUAUAACACUUUAGAUAUGCCAAUGUAGAUAUGGCGCUUUAGAUAUGACACUUUAGAUAUGACACUUUAGAUAUGACACUUACGAUAUGACACUUUAGAUAUUACACUUUAGAUAUGACACUUAAGAUAUUACACUUUAGAUAUGACACUUACGAUAUUACACUUUAGAUAUGACACUUUAGAUAUGACACUUUAGAUAUGACACUUUAGAUAUGACACUUAAGAUAUGACACUUUAGAUAUUACACUUUAGAAAUGACACUUACGAUAUUACACUUUAGAUAUGACACUUACGAUAUUACACUUUAGAUAUGACACUUUAGAUAUGACACUUUAGAUAUGACACUUAAGAUAUCAAACUUUAUAUAUGUCUCUUUAGAUAUGACACUUUAGAUAUCACACAUAAGAUAUGACACUUUAGAUAUUACACUUAAGAUAUGACACUUAAGAUAUGACACUUUAGAUAUGACACUUUAGAUAUGACACUUUAGAUAUGACACUUAAGUAAUGACACUUUAGAUAUUACACUUUAGAUAUGACAUUUUAGAUAUGACACUUAAGAUAUGACACUUUAGAUAUGACACUUUAGAUAUCACACAUAAGAUAUGACACUUUAGUUAUUACACUUUAGAUAUGACAUUUUAGAUAUGACACUUAAGAUAUGACACUUACUAUAUGACAAUUAAGAUAUAACACUUACGAUAUUACACUUUAGAUAUGACACUUUAGAUAUUACACUUUAGAUAUGACAUAUAAGAUAUGAGACUUUAGAUAUUACACUUUAGAUAUGACAAUUAAGAUAUUACACUUUAGAUAUGACACUUUAGAUAUGACACUUUAGAUAUGACACUUUAGAUAUGACACUUAAGAUAUGACACUUACGAUAUGACACUUUAGAUAUGAUACUUUAGAUAUUACACUUUAGAUCUGACACUUUAGAUAUGACACUUUAGAUACGACACUUUAGAUAUGACACUUUAGAUAUGACCAAAAACCUCCAACAGUGCCACAACAACAUCUAACAUUGCUGCAGACACAAUUUGAACCAAACUUUCAUACGGUAAAUAUGGAGUAGUGCAAUGAAUACUAAAAUCUUUUCCUUUAAACUCUCCACAAAAACUCUACACAAAAACUCUCCACAACAACUCUACACAUAAACUCUACACAAAAACUCUCCACAACAACUCUACACAAAAACUCUACACAAAAACUCUCCACAACAACUCUACACAAACUCUACACAAAAACUCUAUACAAAAACUCUACACAAAAACUCUCCACAAAAACUACACAAAAACUCUAUACAAAAACUCUAUACAAAAACUCUACACAAAAACUACACAAAAACUCUACACAAAAACUACACAAAAACUCUACACAAAAACUACACAAAACUUCUAGCUCCAGGUUCAAAGUGCAUUAAGUUCAACGAAAUUCCUUUGGAGUUUUUUUUUUUCAAUUCAAGGGAGAAUAUCCUGGAAUUUCUAAGGCUGCUAUCCGAGCUCUGCUAUUAUUUUCAACCACUAACGAGUGCGGGACACAGUUUUUGUGUUUUAGUUUUAGUAUUUAAAAACAGAAGAUAGGCGAUCGUACUUGAAAGAAAAUGGUGGUGAAUUUCUACUUGUUCUAUCAGAUAGUGACACAAAAAAUAUAUUGAAAAUACCUUUCACCGCCUGGCGUAGUAGACAAACGCCAGUUGGAAUAUGGUAGGCGACAGUGGGCGCUCAUGGCAGUAGAGCAGGUCUGCACAACAUAAGGCCUGUGGGCUGCAUGUGGCCCGCCAGCACCCAGUUUGCGGCCCGCGAGAUUACGAAAAACUCGCUAUUCUAAUAAUUUUCUCAAUAGCUUUCCCCCUGACCCAUAUUUUUUGGCCCGCACAAGUUUUUCAUAAUGCAUUACGGCCCGCCUUACAUUUUGAGUUGUGCAGGCCUGCAGUAGAAGGUCAAAAUAAUCAAAUUCGUGGUCAUAAUGUUAUAGUUUACUAUGAUUUUAAAAAUAAUUUCUUAAAAUCGGGUACCCGAGUAAACUGUCCGAACAUUUAGCCUACAGCAGGUCCCCCUGGACAUCUCUGGUUCAUAACUCAUGUCCAUGUUUCGAGGCCAUACCUUGUGCCCAGAUCUUGUCCAAAGUUCGUCUAAUAUAAUUUAUAUGUGAUACAACUUUUUAACACACAUCACGUGACCAAACUUUGCAGUACCUGAUGGAGACUCUCUCUAACGGCCAAGCGUUUGCGUACAAUUUUAAACACAUUGUCCUCAAAUCUCCCCAGGAUUGAGUGUUGCAGGAGUCCUCACAUUCCUCGUGUGUGGGUACCUUGUAUCUAUUGGUGGAGAUGGCAAGGGUUGGCCGUACAUAUUUUAU